UCAAAACAAAAACCUAUCUCUCUCACUCUCAGCGUCUCUCUCUGGGUGUUUUUAUCUGCUCCUACAACGAUGAAAAUCUGAAUCGUAGGAAGGAGACUCUAAAAAUUCGGAUUUAGUCUCUCAAUUCUCCGGAUUCGGGAACAUAAACCCUAAGAAAUUAGAAGCUGAAUCGGGAGAAGAAGAAGAAUAAUGUCAAGCCUUCCGGAAGAUCUCUACCGAGACAUACUUCUAAGGGUACCAGCGGAAUCAUUACUUGCAUCUACAAGAGAAUAUAAAGAAAUGCCCAAGUUGUCAAUCGAAUUUAAAAGUGGUUGUCAUGUUUGCUUACAUGCUUUAGGCUAUGAUCACAAGAACGAUGAUUACAAGUUUGCAAUAGGUGUAGCGCCUCAUGAAAGCAGGUGUCUGAUCCUAAUCUAUAAGUUAUCAUCAAAUUCCUGGAAAACUGAGAAGACCAUACCUUAUUUUUUUACCUUAAUGCAAACAGCUGGGGUGCUUGUUAAUGGAGACUUUCAUUGGUUAGCGGUAGUUCCAUCAAGAUUUGUCGUACUCUCUUUGGAUAUCAGCGACGAGAGUUUUAACGAAAUGCAACUACCAGAUGGACUUAAGGAGAAGAAUAAGGAUCUGCGUAUGGUUCUGGGAGUGUUGGAAGGGUGCCUUUGUGCACUUGUCAGCUCAUAUGUUAAUGAAAUUAAGAUUGGUUAUGAAGUAUGGAAGAUGCUGGAUUAUGGAGUUCGAGAAUCUUGGACUAAGCUUUAUGUCAUUGCCCAUGAGAGUAUUAUCAGCGACAAUCAUUAUUUUAGGCUCGUGUGGUCUUCUAAGAAUGGAGAUAUUCUACUCUUGAGCUGCGACAGUCUAGUUCUGUAUGACCCAAAACAUGAAAGUGCUAGAGAACUAAAUAUCAAUGAUAUUCCAUUCUUGAACGCCGAGAAUUAUUUUAAAAGCAUAGUUUCUUUGAACUCAGGUACUUAGGUGGAGCCAGAGACUGACUGAAGAAUCAAUAGAAUCCUGAAGAAGAAGAAGCUUUAGAAGAAAAACAGGUGAAUCUAUUAUCUAGUUCUUGUUAUUCGCAAAAUCUACUGCUCUUGUUCGCGAAUCUUUUGCACAAUAUUUCACAUUAUCAUGAUGGUACUGUUCGGAUGUAGGGUUUUUGGUUUAGUUUAUCUUUCUUGAUAUAAAUGAAUCUUAAUGAUGAUUUUGU